UAAGUAACUGGAGCAUGAAUAACACAUCCAGUUGUAUUCACCGAGGAGAAGUUUACUUUUCACACACAACUAAGGAAAGUGGCUAAAAGUGGGUGUGUAGAAACUCAGGACUUGCUUAUAAAGCAGUGUUGCUCUGUCCUUGGACUACUUGGUUCCUCCACAAAGGUCAACGAGUCGACUGGAAACACGAUGCUGACUAUUAUCCAGCUGAUGCUUUUAGUUUUUCUGACAAACCCAAACCAUGCUGAGAAACUUUUCCACAACAGGGAUCAUUCCGACAUGCAGAUUCCUACAUCUCACCAAGCUCCUUUAUUUCUUUCUAGGUAUGGAUUUAUCAAACCAACCCAGAGGGAGGAGAUCCAGAUGAAACAAAGUGGCAUUUCCUUCAGUGAUGACUUCCUGGAUGACUUUCAAACUGCAAUCCAAGAGGGAACCUCAGUGCCUCAUUCAAGGGACAUACCUAAAACUAGUCAUGGCGAGGUCCACAAAAGUGAAUCUGAGAGUCAAGCAUUUGUUUCAGCCCUUAAAGAGUUUCAGAUGGUAUCUGGACUUCCUGUUACAGGAGUGUUUGAUGAUGCCACCAAGGAUGCGAUGAACAAACCAAGGUGUGGGGUUCCUGACAAGGAGACAGACCCAAAUCCACAUGUUGUAACAGAGAGCCACAUCGGUGGCUCGGAGUUGGAAAACAGUUGGAAUGAAACUUUCGACGAGGCCGACGGUAACAACACAGAAAGCAGCAUAAUUGGCAGCUCAUCAAACUCUUCUGAGGACGAUAUAUUAAAUUUUAACGAUACAGAAAGCCUCCUGACUAUUUCAAAUGAUACACACAAAAACAAUAGUUUGGGUAAUCCAACCGGAAACAGAAACAGCAGCAGCAGCAGCAGCUCAAGCCAGAGUCAACCUCUGCAGAACAGAAGGCGUCACCUUGCUGAUCUCGUGUCAAAAAAGAGGCAAAAGCGGGAUUUGACAGAAUCUGGGUACAUGGCGUUUUCUAAGGACGUUCUGAGGUGGCGGUUAAUUGGAGAAGGUUACAGUAGCCAGCUGACCGUUGAUGAGCAGAGGUACAUCUUCAGGUUGGCCUUCAGAAUGUGGAGUGAGGUGUCUCCGCUGGAAUUUGUUGAAGAUACUUGGUCACCUUUGGAGGAUGUUGAUAUCAAGCUGGGCUUUGGCACGGGAAGACAUCUGGGAUGUAAUCAAAAGUUUGAUGGCACUGGUCAGGAAUUUGCCCACGCGUGGUUCCUGGGAGAUAUCCAUUUUGACGAUGAUGAGCAUUUCACUGGUCCCAGUUCUCACACUGGUAUAAGCCUCCUUAAAGUGGCAGUUCAUGAGAUCGGCCAUGUUUUGGGGCUGCCUCAUAUCUACAGGCCUGGAUCCAUAAUGCAGCCCAGCUAUUUGCCCCAUGAAUCCAGCUUUGAGAUGGACUGGAUGGACAGAAAAGCUAUUCAGCAUCUAUAUGGUGGCUGUAAAGGCCGGUUCAGCACCGUGUUUGACUGGAUCAGGAAAGAGAAGACGCCCUACGGGGACGUAAAGAUCCGCUUCAACACGUACUUCAUGAGAGACGGCUGGUACUGGCUGUACGAGAACAGAAACAACAGGACGCGCUACGGGGACCCAGUCGCGCUGCAAAUCGGCUGGCACGGGAUCCCCAGCGAUGGAGUAGACGCGUACGUACACGUGUGGUCCAGAAGAAGAGAGGCCGUUUACUUCUUUAAAGGUCUGCAGUUCUGGAGAUACGACAGCGAGAACGACCGGGUGUUUAGGCACGACUCUGAGGGCCGCCGCUAUCCGAGGCUGAUUUCUGAGGGCUUCCCGGGGAUUCCCAGUCCGAUUGACUCGGCCUUUUAUGACAGGAGAGACUCCCACAUCUACUUCUUCAGAAGAGCUCAAGUGUAUGCAUUCAGCGUGGAAACAAACGGCUUGGCGAGUGGCUUCCCCAAACACAUCCGAGAUGUUUUCCCUCCGGUGGAGAGCGGAGACCAUCCAGAUGGCAGCAUCGACGCUGCCUACUUCUCCUACUCCCACAAUGCCCUCUUUCUGCUCAAGGGCACGCGCUUCUGGCGAGUGGUGGGCAGCCGCGAACGCUGGCGCCGGCCCUUUCUGCCGCGAAAUGGCUUGAUGCCACACAAGGAGGUGGAUCAGCAGUGGUUCGACAUCUGCGACGUUCAUCCCACCUCGCUCAAACUAAGCCGCUGAUGGGAUGGGGUGGGGGAGCUGCAGCAGAGAUAAAACACAUCACUCAUGUUUACAGAUGUAUUCUGCUGCUUUACCUUUUGCGUGAUGUAGGCCGUGUAAUCUUUUCGAAAAGACAAAAACAACUCUGUUGGCAUGUUUUUCACGGAAGUGUGCUGAAAUGUAUGGAACAGCUGCUGCUGGUUUCUCUUUCAUUCGUCAGAGAAGCAGGUAGAUUUGCAAAAGAUGCUUUUAGUUCAAAUGUUUGGAGUGUUGACGUGAAUAAAAAUGCAGAGUAUUUACUCG